GGUCCGGGUUCCUGUCAUCCAUCUGCUGGCCCUUUGGACCACUCAGCCACUGGCAUGCUUUCCAAGUCUGUAUCCAUGAGUGGCAUCAAUUGCUUCUUGGGCUGCUCAGAUCCAGCUGGGAAUUUGUCCCAGUCCUCUGCCGCUGACCUCAGCCAAAGCUGUAGCCAACUGGAAGGGGGCUCAGGUACCUGGGCAGGCUCCUCCCUGCGACGGACCCUCAGCUUCAUCCUGGGCAUGACCGGAAAGGCCAAGAGCCGGGAAAAGGAGAAGAUGAAGGAAGCCAAGGAUGCCCGCUAUACCAACGGGCACCUCUUCACCACCAUCUCCGUUUCGGGCAUGACCAUGUGCUAUGCCUGUAACAAGAGCAUCACAGCCAAGGAAGCCCUCAUCUGCCCAACCUGCAAUGUGACUAUCCACAACCGCUGUAAAGACACCCUCGCCAACUGUACCAAGGUCAAGCAGAAGCAACAGAAAGCUGCCCUGCUGAAGAACAACACUGCCUUGCAGUCUGUUUCACUUCGCAGUAAGACCACCACCCGGGAGCGGCCUAGCUCUGCCAUCUACCCCUCCGACAGCUUCCGGCAGUCUCUGCUUGGCUCCCGCCGCGGCCGCUCCUCCUUGUCUUUAGCCAAGAGUGUUUCUACCACCAACAUUGCUGGACACUUCAAUGAUGAGUCUCCACUGGGGCUGCGCCGGAUCCUCUCCCAGUCCACAGACUCCCUCAACAUGCGGAACCGGACCCUGUCAGUGGAGUCCCUCAUCGAUGAAGGUGCAGAGGUGAUCUACAAUGAGCUGAUGAGUGACUUUGAGAUGGAUGAGAAGGACUUUGCAGCUGAUUCCUGGAGCCUUGCUGUGGAUAGCAGCUUCUUGCAGCAGCAAAAGGAGGUGAUGAAGCAGCAGGAUGUCAUCUACGAGCUAAUCCAGACAGAGCUGCACCAUGUGCGGACGCUGAAGAUCAUGACCCGCCUCUUCCGCACGGGGAUGCUGGAAGAGCUGCAGCUGGAGCCAGGGGUGGUCCAGGGCCUGUUCCCCUGCGUGGAUGAGCUCACUGACAUCCACACACGCUUCCUCAGCCAGCUGUUAGAACGCCGGCGCCAGGCCCUGUGUCCCGGCAGCCCCCGGAACUUUGUCAUCCAUCGCUUGGGUGACCUGCUCAUCAGCCAGUUCUCAGGUCCCAGCGCAGAGCAGAUGCGUAAGACCUACUCAGAGUUCUGUAGUCGCCACACCAAGGCCUUAAAGCUCUAUAAGGAGCUGUACGCCCGAGACAAACGCUUCCAGCAGUUCAUCCGGAAAGUGACCCGCUCAGCUGUGCUGAAGCGGCAUGGGGUACAGGAGUGCAUCCUGCUGGUGACUCAGCGCAUCACCAAGUACCCGGUGCUCAUCAACCGGAUCCUGCAGCAUUCCCAUGGGAUUGAGGAGGAACGCCAGGACCUGACGGUGGCACUGGGGCUGGUGAAGGAGUUGCUGUCCAACGUGGAUCAGGAUGUGCAUGAGCUGGAGAAAGGGGCCCGCCUGCAGGAGAUCUACAACCGCAUGGACCCUCGGGCCCAGACCCCGGUGCCUGGCAAGGGUCCCUUUGGCCGAGAGGAGCUUCUGCGGCGCAAGCUCAUCCACGAUGGGUGCCUGCUCUGGAAGACAGCAACUGGGCGCUUCAAAGAUGUGCUGAUGCUGCUGAUGACAGAUGUGCUGGUGUUUCUCCAGGAGAAGGACCAGAAGUACAUCUUUCCUGCCCUGGACAAGCCCUCGUUGGUAUCACUGCAGAAUCUAAUCGUGCGGGACAUUGCCAACCAGGAGAAAGGGAUGUUUCUGAUCAGCGCGGCACCCCCUGAGAUGUAUGAAGUCCACACGGCAUCCCGGGAUGACCGGAGCACCUGGAUCCGCGUCAUUCAGCAGAGCGUGCGCGUAUGCCCAUCCAGGGAGGACUUCCCCCUGAUUGAGACAGAGAAUGAGGCUUACCUGCGACGUAUGAAGAUGGAGCUGCAGCAGAAAGACCGGGCAUUGGUGGAGCUGCUGCAGGAGAAGGUUGGGCUGUUUGCCGAGAUGACCCAUUUCCAAGUGGAAGAGGAUUGCGGCAGUGGGAUGCCCCUGCCCACCCUGCCCAGGGGCCUUUUCCGCUCUGAGUCCCUCGAGUCCCCUCGUGGCGAGCGGCUGCUACAGGAUGCCAUCCGUGAGGUGGAGGGCCUGAAAGACCUACUGGUGGGGCCUGGAGCAGAGCUGCUCUUGACACCCCGGGAGCCAGCCCUGCCCGUGGAACUAGACAGCGGUGGUAACACGAGUCCUGGGGUCACUGCCAAUGGUGAGGCUAGAACCUUCAAUGGCUCAAUUGAGCUCUGCAGAGCCGACUCGGACUCCAGCCAGAAGGAUCGAAAUGGAAAUCAGCUGAGAUCUCCCCAGGAGGAAGCGUUGCAGCGACUGGUCAAUCUCUACGGACUUCUACAUGGCCUACAGGCGGCUGUGGCCCAGCAGGACACUUUGAUGGAAGCCCGGUUCCCGGAGGGCCCUGAGCGGCGGGAGAAGCUGACCCGAGCCAACUCCCGGGAUGGGGAGGUUGGCAGAGCCGGAGCUGUGACUCCUGAAAAGCAAGCUACAGAACUGGCGUUGCUGCAGCGGCAACAUGCGCUGUUGCAGGAGGAGCUGCGGCGCUGCCGGCGGCUUGGCGAAGAGCGGGCAACUGAGGCCGGCAGCCUGGAAGCCCGGCUCCGGGAGAGCGAGCAGGCCCGAGCUCUGCUGGAGCGGGAGGCUGAAGAGGCUCGCAGGCAGCUGGCCGCCUUGGGCCACACAGAACCACUCCCGGCUGAGGCACCCUGGGCCCGCAGGCCUCUAGAUCCUCGACGUCGCAGCCUCCCUGCAGGCGAUGCCCUGUACUUGAGUUUCACGCCCCCACAGCCCAGCCGAGGCCACGACCGCCUGGAUUUGCCUGUGACUAUUCGCUCCAUCCAUCGACCCUUUGAGGAUCGAGACAGGCAGGAGCUGGGAAGUCCAGAGGAGCGGCUGCAAGAUAGCAGUGACCCCGACACCGGCAGUGAGGAGGAAGGUAGCAGCCGUCUAUCUCCGCCCCAUAGUCCGCGAGACUUCACCAGAAUGCAGGACAUCCCGGAAGAGACUGAGAGCCGCGACGGGGAGCCUGUAGCUCCAGAGAGCUAAGGGGGCCCCUCCCCCCUACCCUGUGUCCCCUUGAAGAACAUUGCUGAGGGAGGCAAACCUUGGGGACUCCAAUCUGCCAGUGACAAGGGAACAUUUGAAAGAACUGCUGAUUGUUCUUGCCAGCUCUUGGGAUCCUUGGAUACUGGAGCUUAGGGAGCUGGGGGAAUUAGGCCACAGUGCCCCCUGGUGGCAUCCAGAAGCUACACCACAGAUGCCAAUUUUUUCAUGCCUUCCUCCCUCUACUUUAGGAAAAUUUAUUUAUUUAUUGUUUAUUAGUUAUGGAGGGAGAGGGGAGAUUUAAAGGACCAGGGACAUGGGAACCAAGCCAUAGGGAUCGGGGGCCUUGUCCUUUAACACUACUGGGGUUUAUUCAGGCUUAAC